UUAUAAACUAUGCCACACAGGCGGUUUUCUUCAAAACAUUAUGGCGUCGAGAAGAACAUCAACAGUGCCAAGUGGUUUUAAAAAUCCCUCUACCGACUCUAAAAGCUCAAAAUCUGUGACCGCUGCUGCCAAACCCAACAACAGUGGAAAUGGGAAGAAACUUGUUAAAUCAAGUGGGACUGUUGUCAAGUCUCGAUAUAUGCAGGCCGCUGAGAAGUCAUCUCUUUCCAAGAGUAAUUCACUAACCAACGAGUCAAUGGCUGUGCCACCGAGGCCUGUUUCACCUAAACCCACUGGUGUCAAACCAAGGUCGGGCACUCCACCAAGACGCUCAAUGGCCCCACAUGCUCUAGCAACUGAGCCAUCGCUGCUGGUGAAAAGUGUUCUGCAGUCCACAUUCGCAGAAGGAUCGUGCUUCCGACCAGAUUUUGACAUGUCUGUCAUUAAAGAGAAAACAGUUAUUGAAGGUGCAGUUGAACCCGAGAGAAAUCCAGAGAAUGAAAAGAGACUCAUUGAGAUGCAAACAUUUUUACUGGCCUACCUGACAGCUAAGAUGGAGAACAGUACUGCGAAGCUAAAAGUGGAGGCAGAGGCAAGGAUUCUGCAGGAGAUGGAGGAACUAGAGGCCUUACAUAAGGAGGUUCACAGCAAGAAGAAGCAGUACCUCCUCAUGGAAAAGAGGCUCAUAAAUGAGCUGCUGGAUAUGCAGAUUGCUGCACUGACUCUAGCAGAAGCUGCCAAGCAGUUCACAACAGAUUACAACACUUUCGCCUGGGCAGUUGACACCACCCGACAUGAGCUGCCUGUCAAGAAUUUCUACAUUGACGACGACAGAAAGGAAUUUCUAGAGAAAUCUGAAACCUGCCUAAAGGAAUGUGAGAAGUUGCUGGUGCAGUGCACAGAUGGAGAUCACAAUGACAACAGCACUUCUCUAGAGUGCCUUAGGGACAUGAAAAUGACAUCAAAGGACAUCAGUCAGCAGCUAUCAGGAGCAUGUUCGGAGUUGCUUGAGAUGUCAUCAUUGGUCUGCCGCCAUACAAUCCAGGUCCAGCAGGCCUCAGAGGAAGAACAACUAGGAGCUGCAAGAGCUCAGGAGCUCUACUGUCUGAAACAGUGAAGGAUACCACACAACAUGAAAUACACAGUACAUGCACUUUUUAUACUUGUAACAUUUUAAUGUAUGUGUUUUAAUGUAUAGUCUAAUGUCUGAUUUCUUUGGAAAAAGAAGAAACAAUAAAAAUAUGCAUUUGUAUUGAAAAA